CAAUUUGUCUCGCCACGGAAUAUUGCUAACGAAAGCGUUUUCAGAUUAUUGUUGUUUCACAAUUUUUUUUUAGUUUAGUAUGCCAGAUAAUAGAGCUAAGUACAUAGCUACGGUACUACAGGCUGUCAUUCUUGGUGCUGUGACGUAUUAUGGUGUAAAAUGGUUGGUCGAUGCCAUGGAUCCCACCAAAAAGAGCCGUUUGGCUGCAAAGCAACAGGCUCAGAAGCUGCUAAAGAAAAUUGGUAUUGAAGGAGUUAAGUUAAGUGAAUAUGAACUGACUGUUGCAACAGACAUAGUAGAUCCUUUAACUUUGCCAAUCAGCUGGAAGGACAUCGGAGGACUCAGAGAAGUAAUUGAUGAAAUUAAGGAGACAGUAAUUUUACCAAUACAGCAAAAGGAUAUUUUCAAAAACUCAUCCCUUCUUAGUCCUCCUAAAGGAGUUUUAUUAUAUGGUCCUCCAGGGUGUGGAAAAACAAUGAUUGCUAAGGCCACAGCAAAAGAAGCAGGUUGCCGUUUCAUUAACCUUCAAGUUUCAUCUUUAACUGACAAAUGGUAUGGUGAAUCCCAAAAGCUUGCUGCAGCAGUGUUUUCACUGGCCAGAAAACUUCAACCAUGUAUCAUAUUUAUUGAUGAGAUAGACUCUUUUCUUAGAAUACGUGACAAGGCUGAUCACGAAGCCACAGCAAUGAUGAAGGCACAGUUUAUGAGUCUUUGGGAUGGGCUGAUGACUGAUGCUUCCUGUCAGGUUGUUGUUAUGGGUGCAACUAACCGGCCUCAAGAUGUUGAUAGAGCCAUCUGUAGAAGAAUGCCAUGUACGUUUCAUGUUGGAUUACCAGGCCCAGAUCAGCGAAAAGAGAUCUUGAGUAUUAUUCUCAAAAAAGAAAAGCUUGAAGAAGACGUUGAUCUAGAUGAAUUAGCGCAAAGAACUGAAGGAUUUUCUGGCAGUGGCCUAAAGGAGAUCUGUCGUGUAGCAGCUAUGUGUUGUGUAAGAGAUUAUGUGAAAAACAGAAGCAACUCCCAGUUGUAAGUUGUGUUUAUUUUGUGUUACUUUUUACUGUUUGACAAUGUCAUUUGUUAACUGUUAACUUAACUGACAUUGUCCAAUGCCUAUGACUUUGAAGAGUUCAAAACGCAAUGCAUCUGGGGGCCCAAGAUGUACACAUAAGUUAUGUGCACGCUUUUAGCCAGACGGGUGUCGAGGUGUCCUGUGGACAGCCACUUUUUCAAGAAAAUCCUUUGAUCAGACCUUAUGGCACAUUUUGGACGCCCACUGUUCAAAUCCAGGCUAAAAGCCUGGUUAUGUGUGUUUGAAUUAAUGCGCCAUUUAAAGUUGUCUAGCCCAGGUUGUGACUCGUGUUUCCUAUGGCUGGUUGUUACUUCCCUGUAAGCAUAAGUUAAGCAACAUACCUAGAUGAAAGGCAGUGAAUAAACCUGUUUUGAGUAAUAUAUGUUAUUUUAACAAUUUGUAUCCUUUUCAGUUCUGCUCAUAUUUACAAAAUAUUUUUGUUUUAUUGGAAGAUGGGUCAUCUGAAAUACGGUACCUGUUUUAGCCUUGAAAGUAACCCCUCCACCCAAACAUUUGCAAACCCCAAAGUUAGAGAAGAGAAGGAGUGGUAAAUCCAAAAGCAACGAGGGUUGUUACUUUCAGAACUUUUAGUAUAACUAGAGUUUUGGUACACAGUGGUCUGAUUAGAAGAAUUAAACAUGAUGGAUUGGCAUCCCAUUCAUGGGGAGGGGA